AUGACAGGACCAUGGUUGUUUGCACAAUGGGGUAUAGACUUGGUCGACCCUAUGCCCCCGAGUAAAGGAGGGAUGAAGUUCAUCAUUGUUGCCGUCGACUAUUUCACAAAAUGGGCUGAAGCGGAUGCAAUGGUAAUAGUGACUGCUCAAAACGUGACGAAGUUCAUCUGGAAGGCAAUCGUGUGCAGAUGGUGUGUAGAGCUUGGGAUUAAAGUCAAGUAUUCAUCUCCCGGACACCCACAUGUGAAUGAGCAAGUCGAGGCAACCAAUAAGACUAUAGUCGGAAUAUUAAAGAAGAAGGUUGGUGAAAAGAAAGGGGCAUGGGCAUAUGAGCUCUCAAAGAUACUAUGGGCAUACAGAACAACAUCCAAGACCUCAUCAGGUGAAACUCCUUUUGCUUUAGCAUACGGAAUUGAGGCCAUGAUACUUGUAGAAGUGGGGGUACCAAGUCAUAGAAGCCUCCAUUUCAACGACUGUGAGAACGAAAGGAAGCUGGAAGAGCACCUAGAUCUUCUAAAAAAAAAGGGGAAAUGCUUAAACAAGGGUAGCUACUUACAAGAAGAAGACAAAGUAGUAUUUCAGCAAAAAAGUAAGACCAAGAUCCUUCAAAGUAGGCGAUUUGGUCUUAAACGACAUAGUAGUAACCACGACGGAAGAAGGAAAGCUAGGACCGAGAUGGGAAGGACCAUACUUGGUCACAGGGACCAACCAUCAGGGGACCUAUCACCUAAAAGAUACGGUGGGACGUGA